AUGGAAUCCCUUUUGUCGCUAGCAUUCGACAACCUCUCCUCCUUCGACGGCGGCAAGAUCAAAAAGGGCCUCAAGCAAGUCGAGGGCCUGCUCGCGCAGAUCUGCCUCUCCCCGCCUAACAAUCCCACUCCCGGCAGCCCACGCAAGAACUCCCACCCUUCCGACCGGGACCGCGAGCAAGAACAGAACCCACCAAGAAAACACCUCUCCGACGUCUCGGGCGACCCAGCUUUCCGCGAGUUUUUCAAAUUACAAGAAGGGUUCGAAUGGAAUAUUGCGCAGCGGUUGUUGACUACGCUGGACUGGCUGGUGGUGCGCGGCGGGGAUGGGCAGUAUGAUUUGUUGAUUGUGAAUGCGUUGGAUUUGAUCCAGGGGGUGUUGUUGUUGCAUCCGCCGAGUAAGGGGUUGUUUUCGAGGAGUGUUCAUAUGAAUCUCCUCCUCGACCUCCUAGAACCAAUAAACUGUCCCGCCAUCCAAUCCGCAACCCUCACCACGCUCGUCGUCGCCCUCCUCGACAUGCCACGCAACACCCGUGUCUUUGAGCAACUCGACGGUCUGCUGACAGUCACAUCCCUCUUCAAAUCCCGCGACACAAGCCGCGAAGUCAAGGUGCGCCUGACAGAGUUUAUGUACUUUUAUCUUACGCCUGAGACGCCGGUGGGCGGGGGACGGCCGGUUUCAGCAGCUGGGAGGAAUGGGCAGGGGAAGUUGGGGAAGGCGUUGUUUAGUAGUAGUGGGGAUGGGAAAGGGGGGAGGGAAGGGGAUGCUGAGGAUGGUGUGACGGUGUCGGUGAGGGAGAAGAAGGGGUAUGUGGAUCGGUAUUUGCCCGGGGUGGUGGAUGAGUUGGUCAAGGAUUUGGAGGUGUAUAAGCCGUUUGGGGGGGUCUUGAGUUGA